AUGUAAAAUAUAAAUUCAAUAAAAAAUUAUUAUAUAUUAAGGCUAAUAUAUUCAUUGGGAGGAAUGGCCUUAAUUUAUUAGGUUAUCAAAUAUUAAAUAAAAAACUUCAAAUACCUGUUAAGACAUUGGAAAUUCUCUAACAAACCAUAAAUUUUUAAUGAAAUUAUUUAGCAAAACUAAGCUGAAACUGGUACUUUAUAGAUUUUAAAUUAAUAAAUAAUAUAUGGAAGAACAAAAUAACAAAAUUUUGCUGCAUUACCGCUUGAAAUUUAAUAAAAAUUUUAAUUCUUGGCUUUGAAAAAAUAAAAUGCUUAAAUAAAUGACCCAUGUUUCCUCAUAAUCAAUUCUCAAAAUUACAAGGUGCAAGUUACCUAAUGUUCGAAUAUUCGAUUUUCGUCUAAGCUUUAUUAAAAAGUAUAAACUAGGGAUUUGAGAACUGAAAAUUAAUUAAAAAAAUUUGGAUAUAAUAAAAUAUUUUUUGCAAACUUGACAGAAUAUAGAAUUGAGGUAUGUUAUUCCUCUAUUAAUUAGUUUGGAACUCCCAUAAUUGUUAUAGGGGAUUUGAUUUUUAAUAAAAAUACUAAAUCUGUUAGAUGCUUCAAACAACAUUUCAUGGGUGAUUUGAAAACUACUAAGAAAUAUUUACAAAUUUAAACUAUAAAAUAAUCAUGCCUCCUACUCUUUACCUUAUUCAUUUUUAGUUAUUUUGCUUAUGAUUUUUAUAGAAUUCAUAAGAAAAAAAAUUAUAAAUGUUCAAGUCUGUCAAAGAUUUUUAUUUCUAAAGGCAAUGAUUCUUUGUAAUGCUAAGAAUGCAAAAAAUAGCUGAUUGAUACAUUCUUUUCCCCUUGUGGACAUUUUAAUCUAUGUAAUGACUGUGCUAAACCCUAUUAAAAUUGUCCAAAUUGUGGUGAAUAUGUGGAAGAAACUGUAAGAACGUUUAAAAACUGA